AUGAGGAUUAAAGAUAGAUUCAAACAAUAAGCACUCCAUUGCCCGAACAACCAUAGAGAAACUUAGAGUCUAAAAAUCUAAGAGGAUGACACUGGAAAAUCUACUGUGAAAUAAAUAAUCCUCAAAUUGCAAAUCUUGUUCUAAAAAGAAAUCAGAUAAGAUCGGAAAUAGAGAAUAUUAGCUAUUAUCUCACCAGAUAACGAAGUUUUGUUUGAGCUGGCAAUUUUCACAAUGAACCGAAUCGUUGUUUUCAGGAACGAGAGACAUCAUUUGAAAAACUAUCUCUUCAAUGGCUUUAUCAAAGACUUCCAAACAUGCGUCUCUAAUUAAAUUGAUGCAGGGAAUUAGGAGGAAGAAAAAUAGUAAAUUCACACUGCUUAAAAUAAAUCUGAAAGUACCCAGAAUCCAAUUAUCGACUUACAUGAAUUGAUGAAGUCCAAUGAUGAUGAAUUCAUGUUUAUACAUAGUCUUUAUGAAUUAGCUAAGUUUGAUCCUUUAAAGCAUUGCUACCACAAAUCUACUGUUAUGCUUGCACCUAAAAAACAGAGAGAUAGAAAGGUUUUAAUAUGUCAUGACAUAAUGGAUGGCUUGCUUGAGGAAAAAUAUUCGCAAGGAUUACUCUCGCAUCACAAAUUCAAUCAUUGGUAGUACAUCGAUGUUUUUGUAUUCUUUGGUCACUACACAGUGACUAUCCCUCCUCCAGCUUACACAGAUAUAGCUCAUUAGCAUGGAGUUAAGAUGCUAGGCACUCUCAUAUUUGAAUGGGACGAAGGAGGAAAAGAAGCCAAGCUUAUGCUUGAUGGAAAGAUUUCUAUGUUCUACGAUGAAAACGAGUAGGACAUGAAAUUUAGAAAAGACGCUCCAGAUGGCAACCAGUUUUAUGCAAGAAAACUCGUUGAAAUAGCUAAGUGCUUUGGGUUUGACGGCUAUCUGAUGAACUUUGAGUGUGAAGUCAAGGAGGUUGAAACCUUGCUAACCUGGCUAGAAUUUCUGACCACAGAGAUUCACAAGGAGAUCCCAGGAUCUCUGAUUAUUUGGUAUGAUAGUGUGAUCCACAGUGGCGAGUUAAAGUGGCAGAAGAGACUUAACGAGCUAAACUAUAAGUUCUUCUUGGUGACUGACGGGUUCUUCACUGACUAUAAAUGGAGCACUGACUUUCUCAAGGAUAACGUAGACAAUUUCAACUUGUAUGUGAAAAGUCAAAACCCCAAUCUCAACACAUACGAUAUCUAUGUGGGUAACGAUGUUUACGGUAGAGGAACAUAUGGUGGAGGUUAGCAUAAUAUACAUGUAGCCAUAGACGAGAUACAUAAGCAUGAUACCUCAAUAGCAAUAUUUGGCUAGGCCUUUUGGUAUCAGAGAUUUGAUGGCUACACCAAUCCAAGAAUAUUUAACCUAAACGAAGAUAUAUUUUGGAAGGGAAGGAAUUUAGUGCAAUUUGCUGACUCAACAGGUAGAUUGUUUCCGUAGGGUCAAUAGAUUAGCAAGGAGAGAAUGCUCAAAGAGUGGAAUAUGGAAGUUGGGGACAAAGCGUGGGCUGUCCAUCAGAAUCCUAUUUCCCUUCAGUUUUCAACAAUUGCUUCUCAUAAACCUUGCGAAAAGAAGUUUAAUUUUACAAUUUCAGAGCUAAUUGAUUCUAAGAUAAUUGAGGAUAUAUCAGAGCUAAAUGGAAUCGUAUUUUUAUCUAAAGUGACAGGAACAAAACCUAACACAACUGAUCCUUACAGAUACAAUAUUACUCUAUAUGAUAAAGAUAUGAAUAUCAUCCAGCAACUAGCAUCUAAUUCAACCAUGGAUGAAGGAUUCACUCCCUGUAAAGAACAUGCUCUUCCUAUUUAGAUCUUUGAACAAAUUUUCCUUAGUAAAGACAUUAAGGACACCUUAGUAUCAAUUGAGAUAGUUGAGGUUGGAAUGGAUGCUGAGGUAUGGGCAGGGCAUUACGGAGCUCAAUUUUCCGAUGAAAGACUCUAUCUUGAUAUCAGCAAAGCAAAUGCUACUGCUUGCAAUAAUACAAGCCUUCAUGAUAGAUUUCAGAGCAGAGGGCUGGAAUUUGAAGAUAUUUGCACUUAUUUCAACAUAGGCCACGGGAAUGCUUACUUUGUUGAUGGAAUUGAAGUAACCAAGGGUAAUUACUCUCACCAUUGUGAAUAUGACAUCGUAUUGCUUAAAAGUAUCAACUAAAACAUCCAGUCUAAGCUAGGCCAGGAUAUAUUGUCAUAGAUUACAUUAGAUGGACCUCAUUUCAAUGGUGGCUCUUGCCUCUAGAUUUUAGGCCAACUAGCUGACAAAAAUGACGAGGUGUAUAUACCUCUAUAGGAUAUCUGUCUGAGACAUAACCCAUUAAUAGAGCUCUAUGAUAUCAAAAUAGCCUUCAAAUUUGACUAUCCUAAGUUCAAGACUGGCUGCAUUGCAAUGGUGCUUUAAUAUGAAAAUUCAGAAGACGAGGAAGAGAUUGAAAUAUUUAACUUGGAAAUUAAAAGUGCAUAGCUGAUUUACACUUAAAAUUCUUGGGCUAUUUACGAGGAAAGAAUGAAAACUUUUAACAAGACAUUAAAAUCAAUAGGCAUCAAAAUUGCCUAGACAAAUAUGACUCAGAUAGACUUCAGAUUAGGAAUGGUUGCUGUAGUUCCUUCAGUAUUGAUAGAGCCAGAUAAGAUAUAGCUUAGCAUCAAAGAAGGAUAUCCUGUCAUUCACAGAAAUCUAGUCUCUGUUAAAAAGAAUAAAAAGUAUUAAGACAUUCACAUUGGAUGGGAUAUCAGUCCUUCUAACAUUCAAGUGUUUAUCAAGCACUAUAGAGUCUUCAGAAACGAAAAGUUCAUUGGAACAACAAAGCUAGAUGUAUACUUUGAUCCUUAAGUUGCUCUUGAUAAAGAUAAUUAACUAGAGUAUAAGAUUUAGGCUAUUUCCAAAAGAAAUGAGAUUAUUUCUGAGAUUAAGAUUCAGCCUGACACCAUCUGA